UCGAUCUCAUGACUCUGAGACCAGAACUUAAGCUGAAAUCAAGAGCUGGAUGCUUAACUGGCUGACCACCCAGACACCCCUGUGCAUGUGGUUUUAAAUUAUGCAAGUGAUAUUGUGUUAUUUAUUUAAAAUAAUCAGCACUGUGCUUUUUUGAUUUUGUGUAUGUGUUAUAUGUAUGUCUAAUCAGUUUCUUUUAAUUGUUGCAUGAUAUUCCGUUGCAUGAGCUCCCUGGAUGUUGUGUGUUCACUAAGUCUCAGGAAUGCCCACAUUGCCUUUGACUCACUAUCUCCAUGGUAAUGCUGCAUCCUGGUAUAUGUUGCUUUGUAGAUGAAGGUGGAAAUCUCUAUUAUGUGUACCUAGGAUAUACCAGAAAUGGAAAUUUGUAAACCUAAUUUGACUUAGUAUUGCCAGAUUCCUCCCUGCAACACUGCUUUGGGCCUGAAACAUUGAUGAGAACUCUCAACUGUUCCUCAGAGUCCAGAAGAGGGUCCCGUCCCCCUCCCAACAACUCCAUGAGCAGCACUACACAAGAGUCCCUGUAUCUAUAUCCCCAAAUUGCUGCCAACACGCAUCUUUUUCCAGCUUUCUGGUCCUUUGCUAGUCUGAGAGAUGGAAAGUUUGAUAGACUGCCUUUCUCUGAUUGCUAAGCUUGAGUGUCUCUUCACAUGUUUCUUAGCCUUUCUGGUUUGCUCUUCUGAGAACUGCCUCUUUGUAUGUUUGACCCAUUUUCCUACUGGGGUUACUCUUUUUCUUGUCAGUUUGCCAGAGGUCCUUGACCAUUUUCAUUGCUUUAAGGCAUUGCAUAUACUCUUCUUAUGUCAAUCUUGGCAUUUCACAUUAUUUUAGAAAUGUAUCCACUUCAUCUGGGUUAUCUAAAGAUUUUAUUUUUUUAUGUUAUCUCUAUACCUAAUGUGGGGAUCGCACUCACAACCUUGAGAUCAAGAGUCACGUGAUGUACCAACUGAGCCCGCAAGACUCCCCUACUUCAGUUGGGUUUUCAAAUUUAUAAACGUAGAGUUCUUAAUGAUACUCUUCUUUUUUUUUUAAACAGCCACUGUCUGUUACUUCUGAUUUUUAAUUUGGUAUUUUAUUUGCAUCUUCUCUUUUUCUCUUGAUUAGAUUUGCUGGAGAAUUAUCUCAUUGAUUUUGUCAAAGAAUGAAUGUUAAGUUUUCUAUAAUAAUUUUUGUUGUUCUAAUUCAUUGAUUUCUGCCAUUGUCUUAAUUUCUAUCCUUUACUGGGAGGGAGCAGGUGCUUUGUUGCACCUUGUACAACUUCUUGAGUUAAUCCAUGACCAUGUUUUCUAAUGUUCCUGUUUCCUGACAAAUGUAUUCAAAGUAUACAUUUACUUGUAAGCACUGCUUUAGUUGUGUCUCAGAUUUUGAUGUGUAGUUAAAAAAACCUUGGUUUUGAAAUGGUUAUUGACUCACAAGAAGUUGCAAAAGUCAUAAAGCCAUAAAUACUUCCUUCCACUUCUACAGGGAUAUCUUCUAUAACUAGUAUACAAACAUGAACUUGACAUUGGCAUAAAACUCUUAACUAGACUAUAGACCUUAAUUAAUUUUCACCACAUUUUACAUGCAUGUGUGUGUGUGGGUGAGAGAGAGAGAGAGAUGUACUAUGUUCAUUGUUAUUCACUUCUAAAUACUUUUAAAGAUCCUUUUCUGAACCAAGAGUUAUUUAGUAAUAUUUCAGUUAACUGCCAUGAAGACCCCCUUGUUGUUCUGAUCUCAUUGUCUCUGACUGGAGAACAGCCUGUGUAACAGUGAUCCUUUGACUAAGUGAGCCCUGCUCAGCACCAUGUCCAAUGGGAGGACCGAAGCAGGAGAGUGAGAGUCAUGACUUGAGAAGCUAAUGUGGAAUAGUGACCUAGGGACAGGUGAACAGAGAAUUCAGAAACUGACGAGAACUGAGCUUGAUACCUGGAUUGAACUUGGUUCCAGACUGACCUCUAGCAUCCAGUACCCAGACCCAGGACCAUGGGACCCCAACACUUCAGCCCUGUGCAGCUGCUCUGCCUCCUAGGGGCCAUCUCCACUGUGCCUCGGGCUGCGGCUCUUUUAUGCUAUGAAGCAACAUCUUCGCUCUUCAGAGCUGUUUCUCUCCAUGACUGGAAAUGGCUUCUGAUGAGGAGCAUGGUGUGUAAGCUGAGUGAGGGCUGUGAGGAGACGCUGGUGUUCAUCGAGACAGGGACUAGAAGGGGAGUUGUGGGUUUUAAGGGCUGCAGCCCAGCCUCAUCUUACCCCCAGCAAGUCUCCUACCUCGUUUCGCCACCUGGAUUGUCCAUUGCCUCCUAUAGCCGCGUCUGCCGGACAUAUCUCUGCAAUAACCUGACCAACUUGGAUCCUUUUGUGAAACUCAAGGCCAACACUCCUAAGUCUACAGCAUUUUCUUCCCAUAGUUGCCCGACCUGUGUGGGCGAGCACUCUAAGGAUUGCCUCCCAAAUUUUGUCACCACUGAUUCUUGCCCCUACGAUGCCUCUCAGUGUUAUAGUUCCACCUUAAAAUUUCAGGCAGGCCUUCUCAAUACCACCUUCCUCCUCUUGGGCUGUGCUCGUGGACAUCACAAACUUUUAGCAGAUUAUCGCCAUAUUGGGAAUAUCAGAGUGACUGAGGUCCUCAACAUCUUAGAAAAGGCCCAGAUUGCUGGUGCAGAGCCCUCCAGUCGGAGUCCUGCUUGGAGUAUCCUCUCAGGUCUUCUGCUGGCCUUCAGGGACUGACAAUCUAGCUGGACUGGACAAACCCCUUUCUGUAACCCAAUAAAUCAUAGAGUUGCCUUUCUGCUUUGUCCUGUGCUCCAUGAGGAUUGUAAAGGCGUGGAAAGCGUGAGGGGAGCCAAACACACCCAGGAAAGUGGAGGGGAGGGGCAGGCUGUGGGCAGUGUGCAUGUGAAGUGAGCAGGGCGUGGGUGGGAAGGAGGGUCACUGGCAAAGUGACAGUCAGGCCCAGCAACCAGGAGGGUCCCACAUAUUAUUUUAAAGUUUAUUUUCUUUUUUUAGUAAUCUCUACACCCAAUGUGGGGCAUGAAGUCAUGACCCUGAGAACAAGAGUUAACAUGCUUCUCCCACUGAGCCAGCCAGGCACCCCCCCCAAAUAUUUCUUUUCUCCUCCCCAUUCUCUUUUCAUUCUAUGGAUGAAUUUCUAUGAUUUUGAGAUGAUUUGAGUUGAAAGUUCUAUGGAAUUCUGAUAAAACUUCUGAAUUGGAAAUUUUUUUCUCUUAAAAUCUUUUCAUAUGGAAAAUUUUCAAAGAUAUACAAAGAGAGUUUGCAUACAAAUAUAUACAAGUGGACUCUAAUUUGUUAUACUAGAGAGAAUUGGUAUUGUGAACCCCCAUGUACCCAUCCCCAGCUCCAAAGCAACAACUAAUGACGAACUUUGUUGUAUCUAUCUCCCUUUUAUUCCUCCAUCCACUGGAUCACUGGGUUAAAUAUUAGAAAUCAUAUCAUAUUCUUUGCCAACUCUUUUGUGUGUACUUCUAAAAUAUAAGGCCCCACCCCUCCAAUUAAAAAGUACCAAACUUAGAGAAAAUUUGCAAGACUAUGAGAGGGAACUCCCAUAUACCUUUCAUGCUUAUUUACCAAUGCCACAUUUGUAUUUUAUCUGUAUAAAUCUGAGCCCCAGCAGGUGGAGCAGUGGAGGGAGGGGGAGAAGCAGGCUCCCCACUGAGCAGGGAGCCCAACACAGGGCUCCAUCCCAGGACCCUGAGAUAAUGACCUGAGCUGAAGGCAGAUGCUUAACUG